AUGAAGGGAAUUGUUAUCUUCGCCGCUUUAAGCGCCUUGGUCGCCGCGGUUCCAGCUGCGAAAAAAUGCAAUGGGUCCAUAUUCCCACCGCUUCUGUGCGAGCCUGGUUGGACAUGCCAGUUCCCCCAAAACGCUCCCCCCGGUGCAAGCGGCAUCUGUGUCCGCGAUAGCAGCCCCCCCGAAAUAAAAUGCAACGGAUCCAUCAACCCACCACUCCUAUGCCCAGCUGGGUAUAAUUGCAAGCUUCCUGCGAACCCUAUGCCCGGCCAAAGCGGAACCUGUGUCCCUGAGGAACAGCAAAAAUGCAACGGUUCAGUCUGGCCACCAAUCCUUUGUCCAGACGGUUACCAGUGCCAACUUCCGCCGAACCCAAUGCCCGGACAAAGCGGAUUUUGCGUCAAGAAAGACCCUAUUUGUAACUAUUCGGUCUUCCCAGCGAUUCAGUGCCCACUUGGCUGGACUUGCAAGACCCCAAUCAAUGCCCCUCCUGGCGCAAGCGGUAUUUGCUCCCGCGGAAAUUAA